AUGCAUGUGGGGUUACUAACUAAUAACGCAACUACUUCCUCCUUCUUAUCCUUGAUAACAUCAAAUCAUAAUAAACCUCCAUUUAUUUCCCCCUUCUCCCAACCUUUUGUUAUGCAGUUGAAAAAAGAAGCAAAUGGAUUCUGGGCCGUGAAUGGUGUCUCCGGCGACGAUUUCUUCGUAGACGGUUUACUGGAUUUCUCCUCAGACGGCAGUUUUCUCGAAGAAGAUGAUAAUUCCCAAGUUCUGAAACACACAGAUGAUUCCAAAAACGACAAAAUCUCCUCUCUUUCUCCGGUGAAAAUAGUGAACAAAGAGGACAAAGCCACCACCAUCGUCUCCGACACGGAACUUUGUUUUCCGGUAGAUGAUGUGGCUGACCUUGAAUGGGUGUCACAAUUCGUCGAAGACUCAUUUUCCGGCGGCGACUACUUCUUAACAUGCUCGGAGAGGAAACCGGAGACAGAAACUGUAAAUCUUGUCGCUGUAAACCCUUCAUUUAGGAAUUUGGUUCAGAAAAAAGCGAGAAGCAAGCGGAGUCGUACCGGCGGCUGUGUUUGGUCACUCCGGUUGUCGUCGUCGUUGACGGAUUCCUCAAAUUCAUGUUCCUCCUCUUCGUCCUGUACUUCAAACGCUCUGUUACCCACGCAGGAAAUUUUGGGGAGACCGCCGACGGUUAAGAGGCAGAAGAAGAAAAAACCGGUGGCGACUGCUGAUACGGCGGGGUUCGGCUGGCCGCAGCAGCCUCGGCGUUGCAGUCAUUGCCUCGUUCAGAAAACUCCACAGUGGCGAGCCGGUCCACUAGGCGCCAAAACUUUGUGUAAUGCAUGCGGGGUCCGGUUCAAGUCGGGUCGGCUUUUUCCAGAGUAUCGACCGGCGGGUAGCCCGAAUUAUUCCAGCGAAGUUCACUCUAAUAACCACCGGAAAGUUCUGGAAAUGCGGCAGAAGAAGGAGGAAGAGGAAGGAGGUCCACCUCCUCCGGUUGCCAGUUCGGGAAGAAGCAUCUGACGAGGAGUAGAGAACAUCAGAACAAGGUAGGAAGUAGGAAGUAGGAUAGAUGCGAACCCGGUUUAAGUGAACCGCUGUUUUCCAUGGUUUUGUUGUUGUAGGUAGUUGUGGCACUUCUAUGGUUCUAUUCGAUUAGGAGUCUUUCAGUGUAUGGUAGUUUAGUGAAUUAGUAUUCAUAUUUCAUCCCCU